AAUGUCCCAGAUGCUAGGAAAAGGUUGGUAAAGUAAAUCGGUUGAUGAAUAUUCAAAAUAGAAAUGAGGUAUUGAACAUAAAAUUUUGGAUAAAGUAAGUCUAUCAUCAUUUAAUUAGUAACAACUUGAAAAUAAAGAAUAUGACAAGAUUAAUCUCAAAUAUACAAAAUCAAUUAUAAGUAAGUUCUCAUUGAUGGAUAAAUUGUUAGAAAAAGGAUUGAGUCAUUAUAGUGGAUUCUAUUGUUAAUCAUAUUAUGAAUUAUUUAGUGAUUGUUUAUCAUGGUUAGAUCACAUAAAUUCUGUUAGGCAUAAUAGAUUAAUUCAUAAGAUGACUGUUGUUAAUAAUAGUCAAGCAAAAAUUGCAAUAAAUUAAAGAAUCAACAAUUAAAUAUAAGUUUAAACUUAAGAGAGACCUAAAUUAAUUGAAAGAAAUAAGAAAAUAGUUUGAAGAAUAAUUGUAAAAAAAGU